AUGGCCGCUGAUGAGGUGCGGGGGGGCUCCUCUCCCCCCGGCGUUUCUCCGAAUACCAGUGAAGGGGUUGCUGAAAUAACCGAUGGAGACAGUUCUGCAGCUGCUCUCCAGAAAGUGGAUACCGCGUCUGGGGAUAAUUCCGAGCCACCGCCAGCCUCGCCAGGUCUGGGACAAGCUUCAGCAGAUCCCGCAGCAACACCCGCCAGCGGUGGCGUAGGGCAGGAUGCACAAGAAGAACACGCCAGUGACGCAAAUGCGGGCAAUGAUGAGGAAAGUGAUGCAAAGCCUGAGGGCCAUGAAGCUGAUCCUGGAAAAUACGCUUCUGGCGACAUACGGAUACAUCUGUCAAGCGGUAUUGACGGGAUUAUGGGAGUGUUGGUGCGGAAGCAAAACCUGAAGCGAAUGGGUCUACUUGAGGAUGAAGGCUCAGAAAGCGUUCUGCGCCCAUUCAAAAGCUUUUCGAAGAAGGCCAUAUUACAGGAGAUAGGAAAGAGGGGGAAGGAUUCGGACUGGACUGAGCACAAGGCUAUUCUCAAAGUCUAUCCGUUAGAGGAGGUGCUGCUGGUGCGAGACGAUGCUGGAAGCUAUGGGGCAAAUUAUCUGAUGCCCUUCACGGAAAUAGCCUUCAAGGCCGUCAACGAAGUAAGUCAACCACGCCAAAAGGCGUGCAUAAGGGGAAUGAGCGAGAUCUCUGCUCUGUCCGUUUGGGACAAUCAGCGCGUUUACGAGGCUGUUCGCCGUGUUAGCCAGUACUUCCGCUGCAUUGAGGCACAUCCUGUACCCCAUUCCGUUAUUCAGGCGAUUAUGACAGCCAACGCUGACGCCAUUACAGCGCGAGGAGAGGCGGAGUCGAAAAGGCUAAAGGCUUUGGAAAUGGAAGCCAAAAAACGGUUGAGAGACGAGAAUGCUGAUGUCCCUGAUUCUCUCUGCGUCGAUGUGAGACAAGAACUUGACUUUGGCGUCCAGGCAGUCCCCGAAAUGAAAGAUGCAUGGUCCCAGGCGGCAGGAGAAGCAACGAAGAACGUAGAGAUACAGCACGACUCAAGUACUCUAACGAAGGGAGUAGGACUCUCAAAUGCGGCAUCCCGCAAGGGCUUUCAGGCUUUCUUCUCUAAAGUGGCUGACAUGGUAGAGGAAGCUUUGCAGCAUAACGAAACCGUAGACAUCCUUAAGAACGACAUGCUGCACAUGGAAGGUGCUGCUGGCACAGCACUGCAGCUGGAAACCGAAGAGGGUCUGAAAGAGGCAUUCACAUUCACUGAUCUCUCCCACUCAAAAAACAAGCUCAUUUCGUACAUCCGAUGGAUUCCUGAGUCAGAAAAACUGAUAGCAUGCGCCGCAAUGGACACUGCAUCCUUCGAUGAACGCGUGGAUGCUCCUUCUCGUUCGUCAAAGUCUGUUAUCCUCAUUUGGUCUCUUGAAAAUCCGCUUGUUCCCCAGCAACUGUUUGUUGCUCCUUCUGAAGUCACAACAUUUUGUUUCGUCCCAGCUGCGCAGAACAGGCUAUACUUGGCUGCCGGCUUGCUCAACGGGCAGGUUGCAAUAUGGGACGCAAGUUCUCUUAGGCUGCAACAGGAUACCUCCGGUUCUACAAACAUCGGGAAGCUGCAGCCAGCGGUGCUUUCUUCAGCUAUUGAUUUCUCUCACAAGCGCCCGGUGCAGCAUUUGGUGCCCCUUCCACCGAAGUUAGAUUUCAGGCGUUCUCUUGCCAUUUACUUCAAUGCCCAGGCAGAAAAUGCCCUUUUUCUUUCUUGUGGAGCUGAUGGAGGCGUCUAUGUAUGGGAUAUUACCGCUGGAGUUGCAGGUGCCGAAAACACUGAAUUUCUAUGGAGACCAGUGCUCCAGUGUGAGCUACGCAAACAAGACCCAGGCAAGCAAAAAACACUGAAUUUCUAUGGAGACCAGUGCUCCAGUGAAGAAGGCGAUGUACUGCUGGGAGACUGGGGAAUAUCCUUUGACGACGGAAAAAACGACCACAUAAAACAACACUUUCAUGCCCCCAGCGAGCUACUCGUGCGGCCUUUGGAGCCCUUCACGGCCAGUAAAUCGAGAAAGCUCACAAGACAGCCUCAGGUAGCAGACGCAAUGGCGAUAAGUAGUGAACCCAGCCCUGCCCUGGCCUACCUCGCAGUAGGUGAUGCAACGGGUGCUCUGAGGGUCCUUAAGCUCUUCCCAAGCCUGACAAACCCCGCAGCAGAAGAGAAAAACAAACGGCAGGCAAUUGAAAGAGAAUCAGAAGAAAUCGAAGUUCCUCCCGAAGAGGACAAGGAAAGCAAUGAACUCCAAGCAAUUGAAGCUGAGUAUAAAGCGAUGGAGGCAGCUUUCCUUAAGGAGCUGCAGCAGCGUGCAACGGAAGAGAACGCAGCACAGCCGUCCGCUUCUGCUGAUGAGAAAGAGAAGAAGAGCAGCUUAGCGAGAUGA